GUGACUCAAUCUUAUCCCAGCCACCAUGUCCACCAUUCUGGGUGCAAUUGGAAUCCUGAGGCAAACUUUUGAUAAGUAUGCUGGAGCAGAAGGAGGCAAGGGUUCUCUGUCGAAGAAGGAACUUGCCACCUUGCUGAAAGCUGAGGUUCCUGGAUUGGCUGAUAAAAACGAAGAGGUGGAUGAGUUUAUGAAGGCGCUGGAUGAAGAUGGUGACGGUUCUGUUGAUUUUAAAGAAUACGUCGUUUUUGUCGCCACCUUGGCUAUGAUUUUGGGCACUACAGAAUAAU